AUGGCUCGAGAUAUUCAUUUUGUUGAUCGAUCAUUAAUUAAUGGUUUAUCAGAAAUUUAUCAAUCAAGUCAUUUUCUUGCUUUAUGUUCUUUUCUAUUAAUUAUUUUCAUAUCAUCAGUUAUUCCAUUAUCAAUUAUUUGGUUAAUACAAAUAUUGUUUUUGAAUAUUUCUAUUAUACCAAUAUCAUCGCCAUAUUUAAGUAUAUUUUUAACAAUAUGGUCAACUACAGAAAUUAUUUUUCUUAUUUAUCAAUCAUAUUUAUAUUCAAAAAUUCAACAUCAAAUUCCUGCACCUCAUUUAACAUCUAUUGAACGUAAUCGAUUUAUUUCAAAUGCACUUUUGAAUAUAAAAAACCUUUCACAUACAUUAAGUAAAUGGUUUAUGGAUCGUCCUUCUCAUGAUAUUGAUCGUCAAAGUUUAAUUGGUUGGUUAGCAUAUGCUUUUUAUUCAAAAGAAAUACAAGAAUUAAACGAUGAAGAAUAUGAAGAAAUUUAUUUACUUAGUCAAAAUAUUGAAAUUGAUCAUCAAUUAAGAAUAGCUGAUGAUAAAGUAGCUAAUACAAUACCACAUAUGAAACAUAUUCUUGAUCCUGUUCGUGUUAUUUUUCGUCCAUUUGUUGUGUAUUUUGUUACAGAUACAUUAUUAGAUGGAAUUCUUUCUUCAAGUAUUUUUUAUUUAAGAGGAUAUCGAUUUAUACAUAUAGGUCAUCUCUCAUUUUGGACUUAUCAUGAUGACACAUGCAAUAUAGAAGAAGAGGAAGAUCCAAUAAUUUUUUUUCAUGGUAUUGGUUCUGGUCUUAUGAUGUAUCAACCUUUUAUUGCACGUAUUCAUAAAGAAUUUUCUCGACGACGUCGUAUUAUAUUUAUAUCAAUGCGAUGUAUAUGUAUGCGUUAUCCAUCUCUUAAGGAUAUUCCAAAUAUGUCUGAAACUACAGAUUCAAUUCAACUUAUAUUUGACUAUUAUCAAUUAAAGAAAGCUAUUUUUAUUGGACAUAGUUAUGGAACUGCAUGUCUAUCAUGGAUCGUUCAAAAAUGUCCACAAUAUAUAUCACGUUUAAUUUUUCUAGAUCCAAUAUGUUUUGCAUUAUUUGAACCUUAUGUUGUUUAUAAUUUUGUUUAUCGUGUUCCAUAUAGAUUAGGUCAUCUCUAUUUAUAUUAUUUUGUUUGUCGUGAAUUAGGUAUAUCUUAUGUAAUAAGUCGUCAUUUUUGGUGGACACAAAAUAAUUUAUUUAUUGAACAAAUACCUUCACAUACAAAUAAAAUUUUACCUACACAUGUUCUUUUAUCUGGACAUGAUUGUAUUGUUAAUGUACAUUUAAUAAAAGAUUAUUUAAUUGAUAAUGAUAUUGAUUAUUAUUGGGCACCAAAUCUUUCUCAUGGUGGUUAUAUGCAUGAUAAAGAAAGUUGGGAAAAAAUUUGUCAAUGGAUUUCAUGA